AUGGGAUUUUGUGGUGAUGAACCAUUUACAGUAUGGCAUAAUGAUAGUGGUGAUUUUUCAAAAUGCUUUGAAGAUUCAGUUGUUAUGACAUUACCAGCAAUAUAUUUAUUAAUAUUUGGUAUGAAAAGGUUAUAUUACCUUGAAAAUAAGAAACCCGAUUUAUUUACAUUAAAACAAUUAUCUCAAGAUUUUCAAACAUGGAGAAAAACUUUACAAUUGGAGGUUAUUGUUUCAAUAUUAUUAGUAGCAUGGAAGAUUUUAUUCUUUAUUGUUAUCGUUUCAAUUUAUAAUAAACCAUUUGAAAUUUUAUAUUCAGUGGUAACAGUAGUACAAUGGACAGUUUCAUUAGGUUUAGUUUACUUGGAAAUGAAAAAAGGUCAAUCACGUUCAUGGGAAAUUCGUUUAUAUUGGGUAUUUGCAUUCUUUGUUGCAACUGUUAAACUUAGAACUUUAACACUUGCAAUUGCUGGAAAAUCAAUUUAUAAUGUUGGAUUUUUAGAAUAUUUUUCAUAUUUUGUUGGAUAUUGUUUAAUAUUAAUAUUAUCAAUUACAAGUGUUUUAUUCUUUGACAAUUUAGAAAGUUAUCAAAAUUUAGAAGAGAAUGAGAUUUCAAAAGAAGUUAAUGCCAAUUUAUUCUCAAGAUUAACAUUUUGGUGGAUAAAUUCAGUAUUGGUAAAAGGACAUAAGAAGGCAUUGGAGAUAUCGGAUGUACCAACAUUGGGAGAGAUUGAUCAAUCGAUUUUGUUAAGUGAAAAGUUUGAAAAAGCAUGGGAAGAACAAUUAAAAAAACCAAAUCCAUCAUUACCAUGGGCAUUAGCAAAAGCAUUUGGACCUCAUUUUUACAUUGCAGCAUUAUUUAAGAUUAUACAAGAUUUAUUGAUUUUCGUUGGUCCAACAUUAUUGAAAAGGGUAUUGGGUUUUGUAGAGAGUAGAGAUGGUAGUCAAGAUACAUACGAUGGUUUAAUUUAUGCAUUGUUAUACUUUUUAGCACCAGUGGUUCAAUCAUUAUUACUUCAUCAAUAUUUCCAUCGUUGUUAUAGAGUUGGUAUGUGGUUACGUUCAGCAGUUGUGACAGCAGUCUAUAAGAAAGCAUUGAAAACAUCAUUACGUGAAGGUACAACCAUUGGUGAGAUUGUUAAUCUCAUGUCGGUUGAUGCUCAAAAGUUUAUGGAUCUUUGUCCAUACCUACAUAUGAUUUGGUCAGCACCAUUACAAUUGGCAAUCUCUUUGGUCCUUCUAUAUCGUAUUUUGAAUGCAUCAGUUUUCGCAGGGUUAGGUAUUAUGUUGGUAAUGAUUCCAAUCAAUUUAGCAAUUAGUAAUCUAGCAAAAAAGAGACAAACCAUAUCAAUGAAAUUAAAAGAUCGUCGUACUAAAGCAGUCAAUGAAGUAUUGAAUGGAAUUAAAGUGAUCAAACUUUACUCUUGGGAACAAAGUUUCAUGGAUCAUGUAAAUGAAAUUAGAAAUAAAGAAUUGGACGUAAUGAAAGCUAUUAAAUAUAUUCAAGGUUUUUCAUUAUUGCUUUGGUCAAUGAGUCCAGUGUUUGUCAGUGUUUCCACUUUUACAGUUUACAUUUUAACAGGUCAAGUUUUAUCAGCAACUCAAGCUUUCCCUGCAUUAUCAUUGUUCAAUGUUAUGCAAUUCCCAAUCAAUAUGUUACCAAGUGUAGUUAGUUCAAUCAUUGAAGCAUCGGUUUCAGUUGCACGUCUUCAAAAAUUCUUACUAAAGAAAGAUUUAGAUCCAAAUGUUGUUGAACAUCAUAUCAAUGAACCAGGUAUUGCAGUUAAAAUCGAUAAUGCAACCUUGGAAUGGGAACCAAAUAAACCAAUACUUCAUGAUAUAAAUUUAACUAUUAAAAAAGGUGAAUUAGUUGCAAUCGUUGGUCAAGUUGGUUCAGGUAAAUCAAGUAUUGUCAGUAGUUUAGUUGGUGAUUUAGAUAAAACCAAGGGUACCGUUGCUGUCAAUGGUUCAGUUGCAUUGGUUAGUCAACAAGCUUGGAUUCAAAAUGCCACUUUAAAGAAUAAUAUCCUAUUCGCGAAAGAAUUAAAUCAAGAUAAAUAUCAAUCAGUGGUUCAAGCAUGUUGUCUUGAACCUGAUAUUAAAAUUUUACCAGGUGGUGAUCAAACUGAAAUCGGUGAAAAAGGUAUCAAUUUAUCAGGUGGUCAAAAACAACGUGUUUCAAUAGCUCGUGCAGUCUAUAACAAUGCUGAUAUCUAUAUAUUCGAUGAUCCAUUAUCAGCAGUUGACGCUCAUGUUGGUAAAGCUAUCUUUAAAAAUGUACUCUCAAAUCAAGAUGGUAUACUUUGUAAUAAAACUAGAAUAUUAGUAACUCAUGCUGUUCAUUAUUUACCAUAUGUCGAUAGAAUCAUUUUAAUGAAAGAUGGUAGAAUUGUUGAAGAAGGUGAUUUCAAUACUUUAAUCGAAGCUGGUAGUCAUUUCACUGAAUUAAUGUCACAUGAUGAACAACAACAACAAUUACAACAACAACAAGCUCCUGAUAAAUCAUCUGAUAGUAAUGAACAAAUUGGUGGUGGCGAUAAUAAAGAAAGUGAAAAUAAUGAAGAACAAAAUGAAGAAGAGGAAGGUGAAAAUGAAAAUUUAUUAGAAAAAGUUUUAAGAAAAUCAAGAUCAAGAUCACCAUCACCAUCAUCAAAUAGAAAUAUUGAUGGUGAUGAUAUUGCAUCUGGUAGUAUUUUACAAACUACUAGAACACCAGAAGAAGAUGAACAAGAUGAAAGAGAAUUAAUGGAAGAUAUUGAUAUUGAUGGUGGUGAAAAUAUUCAAACACCAUUACAAAAGGGUGAGAAAUCAUCAGUAUUAAAACAACCAUUAAGAUUAUUAAAGAAAUUACCAACUUCAAUUAAUAAGAAAUUAAAUAACAGUGGUAGUGGUGUUUCAUUAAAACCAAUUACAACUGUUAAUGCUAAACCACAAGAUAAGAAUAAAAUCAUUUCAGUUGAAACUAAACAAGAGGGUAAAGUUUCAUUCAAAAUAUAUCUUUCAUAUUUCAAAGCUAUUGGUGUAUUAUUAGCAACUUGUAUAAUUGGUUUCUAUGUUCUUACACAAUUGUUAUCAAUUUUAGCAAAUUGGUGGAUAUCAAUUUGGACAAAUAGUUAUGGUGGUAAUGGUAAUGGUAGUGGUAGUGGUAGUAUUAGUUUAUCAUCAUCAUCAACUGUUGAAGAUAAUGAAAAAGCAAAAUAUUAUCUUAGUAUUUAUGUGGCAUUUAGUUGUGGUACAAUUGCAGCAACAUUUUUACGUUCAUUCUCAAUGGUAUUUGGUUCAAUUAAAGGUUCAAAACUUUUCCAUGAGAAAAUGUUUAAAGCAGUCAUUCUUUCACCAAUGUCAUUCUUUGAUACAACACCAAUUGGAAGAAUUUUAAAUCGUUUCUCAAAGGAUCAAUUAACUAUUGAUGAAUCGAUUGCACGUACAUUGGGUAUGUUUUUAAAUACAUUUUGUCAAGUGGUUGGAUCAAUCAUUGUAAUUGCAUGGGUAUCACCAUUCAUUAUACUUGCAAUGGUGCCAGUUGGAGCAUUAUUUUAUUUCAUUCAAAAGUAUUAUUUAAAUUCCUCAAGAGAAUUAACUCGUUUAGAGGGUGUUAGUAGAUCACCAAUCUAUGCUCAUUUCAGUGAAACUUUAGCAGGUGUAACUACAAUUAGAGCAUUCAAGGAUGUCGCAAGAUUUGUAACAGAGAAUGAACGUCUAUUGGAUGAGAAUCAAAAAUGUUACUAUAUCAAUAUCUCCUCAAAUAGAUGGUUAGCCAUUCGUUUGGAAUUCCUUGGUGCAUGUUUAGUAAGUUGCGCAGUGUUAUAUACAGUAUUGGCAAGAUCAAGAAUUGAAGCUGGUACAGCUGGUUUAGUGAUUACCUACGCAUUGGCAAUCACUGGUAAUAUGAAUUGGAUGGUUAGAAUGUCAUGUGAUCUUGAGAAUAGUGUAGUUUCAAUUGAAAGAAUUCAAGAAUAUUGUUUACUUCCAUCAGAAGCACCAUUGUUCAAUGAUAAAUCAGUACCAAUGAGUUGGCCAUCACAUGGUAAGAUAGUAUUCAAGAAUCUUUGGUUAACUUAUCGUGAAGGAUUAGAUCCAGUGUUACGUGGUAUCAAUUGUACCAUUGAACCAAAAACUAAAGUUGGUAUCGUUGGUAGAACAGGUGCAGGUAAAUCAUCAUUAACUCAAGCACUCUUCCGUUUGGUUGAACCAUUACGUGGUACCAUUGAAAUCGAUGGCAUCGAUAUCACCGAGUUGGGUUUAAAUCCACUUCGUAGUCGUAUGGCUAUCAUUCCACAAGAUCCAGUUUUAUUCGCCGGUAGUGUUCGUUACAAUCUCGAUCCAUUCGAUCAAUAUGAUGAUCAUGAAAUUUGGGAAGCCAUUGAGAAUGCUCAUCUCUUGAAAGCAAUCAAAGAUUUAGAUGGUGGUUUGGAUGCUAUGGUUCAAGAUGGUGGUGAUAAUUUCAGUGUUGGUCAACGUCAACUAUUGGUAAUUGGUCGUGCUCUCUUAAAGAAAGCAAAUAUCAUCGUAUUGGAUGAAGCUUCCUCAAGUAUAGAUAUCGCAAGUGAUGCUUUAAUUCAAGAAACCAUUCGUACUAAAUUCGCCGAUUGUACAGUUUUAACAAUUGCUCAUAGACUUGGAACUAUCGCUGAUAGUGAUAAAAUUAUGGUUUUAGAUAAAGGUGAAUUAAUCGAAUAUGAUUCUCCUUCUGAAUUAUUAAAAAAUCAAGAUUCAAUUUAUUAUAGUUUAGUUAAAGCAAGUGAAUCAAAACAAAAUAUUGAUAAUGAUGAUGAAUCAAAUUAA